AGCGGGCGGGAUGUUGUUGUGAGUCGUGACCCAACCACGGAGCAACCCAACCAAGCCUUGAACGUUCAGUGUUGGCGACACUGAGGCAAAUGAUAGCUUUUUUUUUUUUCUUCCUACGUUAAUCAAAAGCGGUGCGAUACUGCAUUUUGCUUUUCGUCAUGUCCAACGUAGACCAUUCAGUCAAUGUUUUUGCCACACCUGAUUUCUGGAGAUCGCCUAAACGUCUCAAGUUGGUUGCCUCCCCGGAUGACGAUGAAAUUGGGUCCUUUCAUCUUGAUUUGAAUGGAGACUAUCAACCACCACCGCUGGGUCUGCUGCUACCAGAUGAUGGGAUUUUCAAGCUGCCUGACUCUCUUGAACCACUGGCUCCGCAAUCCAUAUCUUCUCAGCCGGAGAGUACCUCAGACCCUGAAGAGCAGUCAGAUGUAAAAUCUGAAGACAUUUGGCUUCCUUUGUCGCAUGAACUCAAGGAUGCACCACAACUCCGAACUUGGGAGACCUUUUAUUCUGGCGAUAGCUCCUUAAAAUCGUCGCGAAAUCCCGUCUUCAUCUCAGAGGCUGGUCCCGUAGUAUACGAUCAACUACUUUAUACCGGUGCUAUCUCUUCCUCGGCUCGUCCGGGCCAAGAUCAUACGGUUCUCGACCCUUCCCAUUUGAUGAGUUGUCUCGUGUCACUCGCACUUGGCCGUGGUUCUUUGCUCUUCUCGUGGCACCCUCAAAAGAGGUCAUUCCAGCAGGACCUGAAAGAUGUCAGAUUGUCAGGCUACUCGACAGAAGCACUCGGAGGUGUGACUUCAGUCUGUAUGGAGUGUGGAAAUAAUACGCGCUUUCUUCGCAAUUUUAUUGAGAAGUCGUACGCUUCACACGCAUCGCCCUGCAGGGUGGCUCUGGCGAACUUCCUGGAUAGACUUCUUUGUGCGGUUCAGUCCAGGUUGGAAGCCAGAGUUCACUCCUUCAGGUCGUUGAUACAAAUGCAGGCAGGCGUCUACCCUUUGAGGUCCACCACUCAAUAUUUCAAGAGGCUCGUCUCCAAAGUCUCCAGGUCCACCACUGACGAGAAGCUUCUUUCCCUCUUGUUUGAGGCGGCUCACACAGCCGAGUACGGUGACGAGUUCCUGUGCGCCAUCACCAGAGAUAUACUCCAAGCCGUAUCAAGACCUUGGCUCGAGUUUGCCGAGGAGUGGGUUGGCCUAAGGCCCGAGACCGGCAUUCCUAUCUCCAAAGAAGGGCACGGAAAGGGGUUUGUUGCUGUCGAAACGCGAAUUUAUGGGGAGAACACGGAGCAUGAGCUUGAAGAUUCAGAUUACUUCUUGAAGGAGGAGAAUGUCCCAUCAUUCUUUCCAGACGAUGUAGCCAAACUACUAUUCGAGACGGGCAAGAAUCUCAGGUUCAUCUGGUCGUACCACAACGAUCACCCGCUAUCGCGCCCACAGACUGUAGGCGGGAGCCAACCGCCAGGACUCGACUGGACGUUUGGAUGGGAAGAUAUCACCCGCCUGGAAUUAGAGGUCAUCGCUUACGAACAGAGGCUUUCUGAUACCGUCAACCAAAUCAAGACUUUGAGCCAUGAACAACAUUGCACCGAUAUUGACACUUCCUUACGGAGCAGCUCUACAACUGGCUUAGGGCUCGACUGUUUUGGCAAACCUGAAGAUGUUAUUGAGGAGCGAAUCCUAGCAUCAAUUGCUCAACUUGACGGGCCAGCGGUCUUGCCGCCAGUGGUCAGCGGUCACACAUUGGAUGCGUUAGAGUCCUUGUUCUCCAGCAGCCUUGAUGGUGACCCAAUGUCCGUUGGGCGGCUCGCACCUCACUGGUCGCUGAUCCCAAGGCUCUCAUUUGGGCCGGUGAUUCAGGCUCAAGCCAGGAUCGUCAACAUAGAGUGCAUGCGGUUGCUUUUUAAUUCCCACCAACUUCGGGAUCACCUCAACGCCCAGUUUGAGUUUCAUCUUUUCGGCAGUGGCAUAUUUUGCAGCCGGCUAUCUCAUGCCCUCUUCGAUCCGGAACUCUAUACUGCAGAACGCAAGAGAGGCGUCGCACUUAGCGGUGGAACGAUGGGCUUGCGUUUAAUGGGUCGAGACACUUGGCCGCCGGCCAGCUCAGAACUGCGUUUGGCCCUCAUGGGAGUCCUCAAGGAAAGCCGUGAUGCACCCCAUCUACACGAUCUUGAUCAUCUCCCUGGAGACUUGAGCUUUUCGAUCCGGGACCUUUCUAAAGAAGAGAUGGAGAAGUGUCUGGAUCCCAACUCGCUCGAGGCCCUCGACUUUCUUCGUCUCUCGUAUAAACCGCCUGGUCCACUUGCGCCCAUCAUCACUCAUGGUGCUCUCGACCGGUAUGAUCGAAUAUUCAGGCUCCUGCUUCGUGUGCUGCGCAUGCUGUUCGUCUCGAACCAGCUUUUCCGUGGUCAGGCAGGGCAGCCAUCCAGCGACCCUGUGGAGCACCGCUUCCGGUUCGAGGCGCGUCACUUUGUCUCCAGCAUUGCUGCUCACUUCUUCGGGGAAGGGGUCGCAGGUCCAUGGCGUCGCUUCAUCGAGUGGCUUGAUCACGUUGAAGUCACAGUGUGUGCUAGUGGAAGUAACGUUGAUAGCCACAACGCGCCGGCCAGAGAUGUGGAUGUGCUCGGACCUGAGCAACUACGAAAGCGUCAUGAGGAGCUUCUCAGCGAGAUCAUGUCAGCCCUACUGCUCCGUAGACACCAGGAGCCUGUUUUGAAGCUACUCAACGACAUAUUUACUCUGAUACUACGAUUCGCCGAGGGUGGCGGGCGGUCCUCCCUUGGACAGGAGGGCGGGACACAGUCAGACAAACCAUUAGUAUAUUGGGAGUUUCGACGCAAAGUAGAGGUCUUCCUGACGGUCUGCAAGGGCCUUGCCGAGAAAUCUGCCGACGCAAAGUCCAAGGCAGGCUCCAUUGCUCAGUUGGUGCUGGCUCUGGAUAUGUCUGGUUUUUACUCGAAGCAUAGCUGAACAUGAUACGAACCUAUUUUGACCAUGCGUCUGAGUUGGUACCAACCUAAUAUAAACACAGACGGAAACGUUUAAAUUGCCUAUUACCUACCCAUCGGUCUACUUAUCUGCCUACCUACCUACUACUAUCCCCGGUGCGGGCGC